UUGGCGGCCGGUCGCGAGAAUGGUGCGUACCGUACGUGAACAAAGGCAAAUAAUUGUUAGCAAGUGUCAAGUAGAUAAUGUCGUCUGAGCUCUCAAAAGUGCAAGUGGAAUAUAUUAGUGAGGACAAAAUUAUUAAGGAGGGCUGUGGCACCCAAUCACCCCUUGCAUUACUGGCGGCUACCUGCAGUCGUGUAGGCGCCGCCACCAUGGGGCCCGAUCAGCAGCAGCAGGAAAAAGAUCAGCAACAACAACAUUUCAGUCCACAGCAGCAACAGCAAGCCCAGCAGCAACAACAGCAGCAGCAAGUACAACAACAACAGCAGCAAGUACAACAACAACAACAACAGCAGCAGCAACAACAACAACAGCAGCAGCAACAGCAACAACAACAGCAGCAGCAGCAGCAGCAGCAGCAGCAGCAGCAACAACAACAAGUUCAACAACUAGUCCACCAACAAGUCCAAGGAGAUGCUGCUACACUUGCUGCAUUACAGCAGCAGUACUUGCAGCAGCAACAGCCUCAGAUGAGAGUGAUCAGUACAGCUGUUGUACAACAGCUUAGAGCUCAAGGCCUCUCGGGAAAUGAGUUGUCAGCAGCUAUAGUAAAUGCCGCUAGUACUGUCCCAAAUGGCAUACAAGUGCAGCAACCUCAGGUUAUAUCAAUGCAACAACUGCAGUCAUUGUUAGGGGGUGGUGUAGUGUCCAGUAACGACGGUGCCACAUAUCAAAAUGCUCCACAACAACUGUUGCAGAUACAUCCGCAGCUUUUACAACAACAAGGAGGCGGAGUGGGGGGCGUGUACGGCGGCUGCGUGGUGGGGGGCAUGGCGCCGCUGCAGGCCGUCACCGUGGACGGCCAGGACGCGCUCUUCAUCCCCGCGCACCACGCACAGAAUUUCUCAGGCAUGGGUCAAGUGAGCCUCGUGAACGGUCAGCUAGUGAGGACGCCGGUGCUUCCUGCUGGUUUCCUGCAAAAUGUCAUGCAUUUGCCGGCAGAACAACAGGCCACCGUCACCAUCCCCGGUACUAACUUAACAAUCCCACUGAGCGCCUUGACCGGCAAUCAAAUGAUCACUAUCCCGGGCACGAAUAUCUCUAUCCCGGCGGGCGGGAUACAAAUCCCGACGAGUCAAGCCAUAUCGAUACCUAGUUCCACGAGCGUCCAAUUGCCGGUGGCGAGCGUGGCCAAUGUAGCCAACGUCGCCAACGGGGGCGUCGGUAUGCCGAAUGGGGGGGAUUCCAAGAACGGGAAUGGGAAGGAGACAAAGUCACCUCCGAGUCCGGCCGGGCAAGGCGGCGGCGUGGCGGUGCGCGGCGGCGGCGUGGGCGGCAUGGGCGUGGUGCCCGUGCAGGUGCCCGUGAGCGUGGCCAACGGACACACCGUGUACCACACCGUGCACGUGCCCGUGCACGCGCCGCAUCUGCAGAUCAUCCCGCAGCUGCAGCAGAUGCAAGCGCAGCCGCAAGUCGCGAACGUGCUGACGCCGUCCGGUCAGAUACAACAGAUACAGAUAGCGUCACUUGGAAAUGUUCAGGGCGGCGGGGGCCAGGCCGGCGCGGCGCAGGGGCAGCCCACCAUCACUCUGCAGGCGGUACAGAAUCAAAUACAAGAUACAAAUAAUCAAGUGCAACAGCAGCAGUCCCAGGCUAUCAUAACCAGCACGCCGUCGGGCCAGCAGGUCACCGUCAUACCAACUAGCAAUGUGAGGACGGCCAAUGUUGUACAGAUGCCGACGCUGGGCGUGGGCGGGCUGGGCGGCGCCGUGCAGCUCGUGCCGGCCGUGGGGCUGCCGGGCGCCGUGCAGCUCGCGCAGCUGCCGCAGGCGCAGCCCCAGGCGCAGCCGCAGCCCGUCAUAGAAACACCAUUUCCAGGCCAACAGAUCCAGCAAGAUCCAAACGAGCCUGGGAAGUGGCAAGUGGUAACAGUCAGUUCGGGGAACACCACCACUACUGAAUGCGAGGCGAAUAAAAACAGGCCCAAUAGUCCGAACAGUGGGAAGAGGUUGAUGAAGCGAGUCGCGUGCACGUGCCCUAACUGUGAUCAAGGAGAAAACCGACUGGUGGACCGCAAGAAGCAGCACGUGUGUCACAUCCCGGGCUGCAACAAGGUGUACGGAAAGACGUCCCACCUGCGCGCGCAUCUUCGCUGGCACUCCGGCGAGCGACCUUUCCUUUGUAACUGGCUCUUCUGUGGAAAGAGGUUUACGCGAUCAGACGAGUUACAACGACAUCGACGUACGCAUACAGGCGAAAAACGUUUUGAAUGUCCCGAGUGCAGCAAACGGUUCAUGCGCUCCGACCACCUCGCCAAGCACGUGCGGAUACACACCAAGAAUAGAAUAACUGAGGUCGCUACGUCAACUCAAUCUAUGUACUCCGACUCGGGUGAUGACAGUUGUGAUGAGAAAAUGAUGCUUACCAUAGAAACAAUGCACCAAGGCGGUGAUAACGAAGAGAAGCUGGUCAUGAUAAGGCCUGGGACUAAAAUAGACCCCGACCACAUUGAUAGCUAAAGUAAUGUCACUUAAGAAUUAGUUAAAAAGUACUGGGAUUACUGUGAUGACAUCAAAUCAAUGGCUUUUAGUGGACUUUGGAGAUAUUUCCUAAGGCCUUAAUAAGUAUAGUUUAAGGAUAAUUAUGUGCAGUGUUUGUGCGUAUGAGUAAACAACGCAUACAAGAUGGUUGUUUACACCUCAAGGUCACGAAGGUCGGUUAUAAGACUGUCAUGGUGCAAUUAAAAAAAUAAAUCAUGCUAUGAUUGUAUCCCCAGUGUAAUGAUAAUACUGCAAAUGGCAUUACAUAGUAUUUAAAAGUAGCUAAAAUCAUAUAAAUAGUAUAAGAAUCUAACACAAUCUUUUGCGUUUCAAAAGAGUAAUAUAUUUUUUCACAGAUAGACGUAACUUGUAAGAUUAAAGUACAUUAGGGUACAUAUACUACAAUUAUCUAUUAAAGCAUUGUUUGUGUUACUUUUCAUUUCAGCUACAUGAUGUAUGCAUUAAUCGGUUGAUUUCUGCUUUUUUUGUCAUGAUACAUUGAUGUUCUGCUAUUAUACCUAAAUACGAGUCAUUUGAUUUAAAUUGUAUAAAACAGAAGUCCAAAGUAUAUGAUUAAUUCCAAACUUUAAACAUUUUUUAAGUAGUUUUAUAGAUAUGAAAAAUUCGAUUAUUGAAUCUUGAUUAAUGUUUUGAUAUGCACAGAACUUAUGAUUCCAUAUUAAUGUACUAAUAUAGACAUUAUUUAUAAAUUUUAGGAUAUUUUUAGUCAUACACACAAACAUGGAAUAUGUUUUGCUUAUGUAUUAUACACGUACGAUUUUAACUUUUGAUUGAUAUUUUUGUCUGUGUUUUUUAUCACAAUAUUAUUAAAGUAGAUUGUUUAUUUAUUCGAAGCCGCCUUAUAAGUUUUUUUAUAUUUUAGUGUGUGUGUAUUGUACAUUGUUAUAAACAUUGUGGCGAUCAGUUUUUAAAAUAAUUUUAAAAAUUGUAAAAUUAAAGAGAAAUAUAUAAAAGUGUAAAUAUAUUCUUUAUGUGUAAAAAAUGAAAUGAUUGUAAUGUGCAUAGAUAGUGAAAAAUUGGUCUGUGAUCAAAAUUUAUGUAAUUUAUAUUUUACUUGUCAAUGUUUUAGAGAUCGCACACAUUUGUAAUUAUGUAAUUAUAACUUAAAUUCGUAGAUUUGAAGCGUACAUGGUAAUUAUACUUAUUUUUUAGUAAGGGUGGAUAAAAGAUCUACUUGUAAUAUGAUAAUCUUUGUACUUCUUUGCUACUAUUAUUUUCGCAGUCCGGUUCGACAUGAAGGCUAAACAUUUUAAUUAGGAAUUUUAAUAAUUUAGUUAUUGUUUCUUACGUAAAAAAUCGAAUAUAUUUUGGACGUUCUACAAACGAAAUCAACAAUCGUUCGACUUUGUCGAUGUUUGCUGGGCUGUGAAACCCUUACGAUGUUUGUAAUUUGGCGCCACCUUUAGUACGUUCAAGGUACUAGGUCGAAAACCUUCCAGCAAGUCAAUAGAAUCUUAAGAAAUGCCUACCGGAUAUACAAAGUAAUAUCCAUUUUUAUAAAUAUAAGUGAGUAACUGUAGUUUAACUUUAAAUCAUUUUUGCAGACAUAUUGUUUAUUUAAUCUUUAAUAGAUACAUCGUUUUGGCUUGCUUCUUGUAAUAAAUUUUUUUGCGAUAAUGUUAAGAACACAUGUGAUAUUCAAAAACAACAAAACAAUAUAGACUUCUGGUAUUACUCUUUUAUAAAAAACCUUUCUAUUGUGAAUUGAACAAUUUCCUUUUAUGGGACAAGCCAGGUUCGCUUUUAUAUGUUGUUUAGCCGAUGAGUUCAUCAAGUAAUUGCUUUUAUUAUUAUAUUUUCCACAUUUUCAUAUUUAAAUCAAAAACUUUUUUAGUUAUUUAAAAUUAUUUGCAUAAUCAUGGUCAUGUACAUUCGUUUUACAGAUUUAACAUCGCUUGGAAAUGUAAUCAUGUAUCGUUUAUGAAAGGGAUACAGUAUAAAAUAAAAAUGUUUAAAUCCCGGUAUUCUAUGUUUUGAUUUUUAAAUUACUUGAAAAAAUAUACGUACAAACCAGACACAUCGAAGAUUUUAGUGGGUCCAAAAAGGCUUGCUAGAAAUUGUAAAUAUAGGAACUAAAUAUUGUACAGUGUAAAAAAUCUGUAAAUAUCAUU